UUGUGAAGGUUCUUGUCGAUUUAAGAGAGAUUUCCUCUAAACCACACGGUUCCUCUAACUCUGCACGGUGCGCUUGCGAAGAGUUUGGGAGCGCAUUUGCAGCUGAAGGAAUACAGUUUUACACCGUCGCCUUUUGUUUGUGAUACUAUUUGGAAGAUGGAUCUGGUUCAAGUUUUCUCUCGUUAGCGGUGAUUUUAUGCAGCCCUUUUACCGCCCCGUUUUUAUGGACCGCUCGAUCAAUGAUGACUAUGAGUUCUAUGCCUGAUAGUUUGGUUGCUCAAGACCCGUCCAAAUCGGCUUUUCUGGAGUUCGGUCACGGGUUUGCGACCCAUCAACAGCACGCCCCCGGGCUAUCUCGCAACCACUACUCCGUUCACGGCUUGCAUGCGGGUGGGCACCCGCAGCACGACAGUCCCUUCUCUUCCAGCACAGCCUCGUACGGACGCUCGGUGGGUUAUCCGUACCCCAGCGCGGUCAGCACUCAUCACCCGGGUGCCUACCUGCCUUACCAACACAACAGCCACGGCAGCGCUUUGGGACACACAAGACUAGAAGAAACAGAUCACGAGAAGCCGACCGUCAUAGAGAACGGAGAGAUCCGCUUGAACGGCAAAGGGAAGAAGCUCAGGAAGCCCAGGACCAUCUACUCCAGUUUACAGCUGCAGGUGCUCAACCAGAGAUUUCAGCAGACCCAGUACCUUGCACUGCCUGAGCGUGCUGACCUGGCGGCUAAGCUGGGCCUGACACAAACACAGGUUAAGAUAUGGUUUCAAAACAAACGCUCCAAGUUCAAGAAGAUCAUGAAGCACGGCUCGAGCGGACCGGAAGGAGAGCACCUAAAUAGCACUUCGUCCAUCUCACCCUGCUCGCCGGGAUUGCCGCAGCUUUGGGAUGUAUCCAUGGCGAGCAAAGGUGCGCCCAUGCACUCGGGCGGCUACAUGAACAAUUUCGGACACUGGUACCCCAACCACCACCAGGACUCCAUGCCGAGACCUCAAAUGAUGUGAUGGAUCACCUCAGUUAUAAGAUUACAUAAUUUCACCCCGCAGCGCUGGACUAUAAUCAGUACUACAGAGUGUGUCAUUCAUCUGUCUUUGCUUACUUAAAAUUGUAAGGGAUAUGUAUAUACAUUUAAUCAUUUUUCUUAUAAUGAAUGACAUGUCUUUAAUGCGGACUCAAAACUGAAACUUGCCUGUUUUCGUUUUUUGAAUGCCAACCUUUUGUUUGAAAUUCAUAUUUGUUUUUAUGUUUGUUUGGAUUUUUUUUCUUCUUUCAGAGCAAGAAUUGAACGUACUUAUGUGGAUGAAAGGAAAGGCUCGACCUAAAUUGUAUGCUGAGGCAGUUUCAAAUAAAUCGCCAGCCUUCAACUGACUUAGUGGUGUUAGCGUAACCUUAUUGCAUUUUGGAAGAAAGCCGUAUCUGGGUUUGACUGUAACCAAACCUCCGUCAAUGAAUUUAAAGUAAUUAAAGUUAAAUUGAUUUUAGUCCACAGAACGAAUUUUGUUAUCUAAAAGAUGAAAAUGUUAUGUUUGAUCGUUUCGUUUGCAUAUCCAAUCUCCUUGUGGUAAACUUAAUCGCCCACAUACAGUCACUGGCUCCGGUUCGUCAUUUUAGGACUUGAUAUUUUUUAUAAAUAGUAACAAACAUCACAGAAUCUUUAAACCAUACAGCGAUGGGACGGGGCUGGACUGAAAGUAAGCAAGCAAGCUGAACACUGAAUUAUGCGGUUUUAUGAGUUUUAUGAGCAUAGAUAAAAUCGAACACAAACCGAAUCGAGACCAGUUUUUUUCCAAAUUGUUGUAGGCCUAUUUAUUUUUAGAAUGGAUAAAAAUAGGAUUCAAAUAACACAACUCCCUCUGAAAGUGAGCAUUUCCAGCUG